ACUAUCGUACUGCAUGCGACACAUGCUGCCGGUGGUUAAGUUUAUUUUGUUACGAAAAAGGGACUCCGUUUUGUCGGAAAAAUCAUGGCCCAACAAGUUAAAGAUAUGAUGGGAAGAAUGGGGAAGGGUCCCGCUGGACUAAGUACAGGUUUGAAGCUACUUGUAGCAGGAGGAGCUCUUGCAUAUGGAGUCAGAGAAUCAAUUUACACAGUGGAUGGUGGUCAUCGAGCGGUGAUCUUCAGUCGUCUCGGCGGAGUUCAAGAUAAUAUCUUUGCGGAAGGUCUUCAUUUAAGGAUACCAUGGUUCCAAUAUCCAGUCAUAUUCAAUAUUCGCUCCAAGCCUCGACGAAUCUCCUCUCCCACUGGAAGCAAAGAUCUGCAGAUGGUGAACAUAAGCCUGCGAGUCCUAUCCAGACCGUUGGAGACACAGUUACCCCAAAUCCUUCGCCAGCUCGGCACAGAUUAUGAUGAUCGGGUGCUACCUUCCAUUUGCAACGAGGUGCUGAAGGGCGUUGUCGCCAAGUUUAAUGCGUCCCAGCUCAUCACUCAAAGACAGCAGGUGAGCUUACUGAUUCGAAGACAGUUGACGGAAAGAGCGAAGGACUUCGGACUCAUCUUGGAUGAUGUCUCCAUCACAGAGCUCAGUUUCGGGAAGGAAUACACAGCAGCAGUUGAAGCUAAGCAGGUCGCUCAACAGGAGGCUCAGAGAGCUCAGUUUAUGGUAGAUAAGGCGAAACAAGAGAGAGCUCAGAAGGUGGUCCAAGCAGAGGGAGAAGCUGCUUCUGCUGAAAUGUUGGGUGUAGCCAUUGCCGCAAACCCUGGAUAUCUAAAGCUGAGGAAGAUCAGAGCUGCACAGAACAUUGCUAGAACCGUUGCAGGGUCUCAGAACCGCGUCUACUUGAAUGCCACCAGCCUGAUGUUGAAUCUUGGAGACCAAGCAUUCUACGACGAUUCAGAGAGACUUGGAAAGGCAUCCAUGAAGAAGUAAACAUAAUCUUGUAUUCAUUGAUCCGUUGAAUGAUGCAUGUUAACAUAGACUUUAUUAAACCCAACAAUCCAGAUUUACCCCCUCAAGAGCCCAAUAUUGAUACAGCUUUGAAGGAGAAAUUAUUGUUAACAACCCUCCUACUGUCUGACCGUUCAUUAUCAUCCACUGUGGUUUUGAACGGUUACAUAGACUGCAAUAUGUUAUAUCAUGUGAUGAAUUCAUCUACACAGUACACGGUCAACCCUCCUACUCUGUGACCGUUAAAUCUCAUCCACUGGUUUUGCAAAAGAGAAUCAAAGUGUGUCGAUGAGAUUUUAAAACCAGUGGUUAGUAUCCAUUUGGAAUCGACACAUGACUUGACUUGUAUAAUAAACAAAUUAAUGCUUAUUUAGCAGUAUAUUUGAGUGAUUAAAAGCUGACUACAGUGUAUUUUGAACUUGAAAAUAUGAGUGAUUUGUGUCCGGUUUUUAGUCACAAUAAGGCAUUAUUUAUGGAAUUUCAGACUAAGUAUUUGUUCAUGAAUAACUGAACAAGUUGUUUCUGAUACAAAGUCAAUCAAACUCGACGAGGGACGAAGCAAUAAUAGUUAAAGGGAUGCUGCGGUGAAUUCAAAUAAACCAGUUAUUUUUCUGUCAUUUAUUUCUGAU